AUGUGGGAAGAGCCGAGAAGAGCCCUGCUGAGCUCGCUCUCCACCCGCCUGGGGGGCGCCAGGAAGAGGGCGCAGGCCUUCUGGAGCAGGAAUGGCCUGCUGACCCUGUCCGUGCUCUCUGUGGUGACCGGAUGCCUCGCGGGAUUCCUGCUGCGGAUGCUGGAACUCUCCCAUCUGGAGAAGCAAUAUUUCUCCUUCCCCGGGGAGCUGCUGAUGAGGAUGCUGAAGAUGCUAAUCUUACCGCUGAUCACCUCCAGCUUGAUGUCCGGUUUGGCCACCAUGGACUCCAAAGUCUGCGGGAAGAUGGGCCUUCUCACCAUCACCUACUAUCUCUGGACCACCUUCAUGGCCGUCACCACCGGAAUCAUCCUGGUGAUCAGCAUCCACCCGGGCGCUGCUGCCCAGAAGGAAGAGCACUCCGUGGGCAAAGUGGUGCUCAGCUCUGCUGACGCUCUGCUGGACCUGAUCAGGAAUAUGUUUCCUUCCAACCUCGUGGAAGCUUCCUUCCAGCAGUAUCGGACUGUCCUCGUCCCGGUGGUGAAAUCCCCCGGGAUCCCGAAGAAGUUAAGCACGUCUCUGAGUUUCAUUUACUUGGUGCCCGAUCCCGGGAACCCAGAGAUCCAGCACCCCGUGCUCCUCGAGAUUACACCCUCGCCGGAAAUCACCUACCAGGCCCUGCCCGGAAGCAAUAAUGAAAUGAACGUCUUGGGAAUCGUCCUCUUCUCAGCCACGAUUGGCCUCCUUCUGGGGAAGAUGGGUGAGCGUGGGGCCCCCCUGGUUAAUGUGUGCCAGUGCCUGAACGAGGCUGUGAUGAAGAUUGUGGCCAUGGCAACAUGGUACUUUCCUUUUGGGAUUGUCUUCUUGAUUGCCGGGAAGAUCUUGGAGAUGGAAAACCCGACUAUGACGGGCAAGAAACUGGGCCUCUAUGCCAUGACGGUGGUGAUCGGGCUGGCCAUCCAUGGCCUUUGCUUCCUGCCCCUCCUCUUCCUGCUCUUUACUCGGAAAAACCCCUUCUCCUUCAUCCGGGGGAUCCUCCAAGCCCUGCUGAUUGCCCUGGCGACCUCAUCCAGUUCAGCCACGCUGCCCAUCACCCUGCGGUGCCUUCUGGAGAACAACGGGAUUGACAAGCGGAUCGCCCGUUUUGUCCUCCCGGUCGGAGCAACGAUCAACAUGGACGGGACUGCGCUCUAUGAGGCGGUGGCCGCCAUCUUCAUUGCCCAGGUGAACGAGUACGACCUCGACUUGGGACAGCUCAUCACCAUCAGCAUCACCGCCACGGCAGCGAGCAUCGGGGCCGCUGGGAUUCCCCAGUCGGGCCUCGUCACCAUGGUCAUCGUGCUCACCUCUGUCGGCCUCCCCACGGAAGACAUCACGCUGAUCAUUGCCAUCGACUGGGCCCUGGACCGACUACGAACCAUGACCAAUGUCCUGGGCGAUGCCCUGGCCACCGGGAUCAUAGCUCAUGUCUUUCGGAAGGACUUUGCACCAAAGGACCCCGAGGACGAGAGGCUGGUCUGGGCAGAGACCGCCUUUCCCCAUCCGCAGGACCACGUGGCGCAAGGGUCGGAGGAGGCCUUGCCUGGGCAAAGUGGCCACUGCAUCUGCCAGGUGUAA